UCUUUUAAUUGUGACAAUUAACUUGAUUUAAUUUUCUAAAAUAUUCUUAAUCAACCUACCAUGGACUCAUUGGAAUUCUUUUCCCGUUUUAAUCUCAUCUAAAACUGUUGAUUGUUCCAAGUGAAUUCGGAUCGUUUUUUUUCACAUCAAUUGUUUAUGUCUCAACAUUUAUAAAUCUGAUUGCAGAGAUUGGACGGAGGUUUGAUUUUCUGUUGAAGAGGAUACACAAAAUGGAAGCUCUAAAAGCUGAGAUUGCCAAAAAGCGGAAAGAACUGGUUGAUAGUAAACUAAUUGGACCUGACAAGAAGUAUUUUAAACGAUCUGAUCUUUUAGCUAAAGAGGAGGAAGAACAUCGUAAAAAAAUAGCCGCUUUAAGGGGAGACGGGGCUGAGAGUAAAAACACCGAUGAUAUUGUUUCUCGUGUCUCCAUUUUCACUUCUAGCAGAGAUGUUGAUGAUAAAAUUCUACCAAGAAAAGAGGUAAUCAAACGACUACGAGAACGAAAUCAACCAAUUCUACUUUUUGGUGAAACAUUGGUUGAGGCUUUUAACAGAUUACGACAAUUGGAAGUCGCUGAACCAGAAUGUGAGAAAGGUUUUCGUAAUGAUUUCCAAGAAGCCAUGGAACAGGUUGAUCAACAAUAUCUUAAUGAACUGAUGAAAUCAAAAAACAAUGGUGAUGAUGAGGAUAAGAAAAAAGCUCACGACGUUGCCGUUGAAGAGAUGAAAACAAACAUCGAUGAGAUUAGAGACUUGGCCGUUAAUUUGGGUCGACGGAAGGACGACAAAUCUCAAGAUUGUAACAUAAUUUGUACAUUAUUUAAAUUUCUCCUCGAACUGUGGGGCAAAAAGCUAAACAGUCGCGAAGAGGAAGACAAAAUAUCAACUGCAGGUAAAAUAGAAUCAGCGACUUACACCCAAACUCAGGCCUAUUUGAAGCCUCUUUUCAAACAGUUGAAGAACAACAAAAUUGCCGAUGAUAUCCUUAAACAUUUAACUCUAAUUGUAAAGUAUACACUUGAUCGUGAUUAUGUGAAAGCCAAUGAUGCUUAUCUACGGAUGGCCAUUGGAAACGCUCCUUGGCCAAUCGGUGUGACCAUGGUCGGAAUUCAUGCUCGUACUGGACGGGAGAAAAUUUUCUCUGCAAACAUUGCCCAUGUAUUAAAUGAUGAAACACAAAGGAAAUACAUUCAAGCACUUAAACGUUUAAUCACAAAGUGUCAAAGGUUUUUCCCAGCUGAUCCAUCUCGUUGUGUUGAAUACAAUGCAAUUUAAAUUGUCCCAACAAUCAAAUCAAGACAGACAAAAAACUAAACCAACAACAAUCACAGUUGUCUAUUUGUACCUACUAUCUACUAUCUACUUUCUAUUUUGUUUAUAUAACAUUUACCUCAUAUCUCAAUCACUAAUUAACUUUAGAUAAUAAUAAAAGAAUCAAUUUUCUCGAUUUAA